CUGAACACAAAGUACCUCCGUUGAAAAAAAAUUGAUUUGGUUUGGUUUGGUUUGGUUUGGUUUGAUUUGAUUUGAUUUGAUUUGAUUCACCCAGGAACUGCAUGGAAUGAGCAUUCGAAACGACAACAACAGUCACAACUACUGCUUUUUGGAUCUGGAUCUCGACGACGCCCGGAAAAAACUAGCGACAUGUGCCGCUUUUGUAGAUAGUACMGAUCUGACAUAUGGYUUCUCCUCGAAGAAUCUAUUGGCUCUUGGUGGAUCUGAAAUAUCUCGUUUGAAAGAAUUGGUUUCCAUGGACCACGAAUGGGCUUCGAAAGAUGCAGCUUGCGGCGGCAUCAUUACACAACCGCCUCCCGAAGGUAUGUAGGAGCKAGCAGUACGCUACGGAAASCUUGCGACAUUGCACAGAAUAGCUUUGCGCUAUCUAUUCCAUACGCUGUUCUACAUCAACAAAGCUAKUGUAUUUUUGAGAGGUUAUCGCAACGCUGAUUUGAACUGUAWUUACGUCUGMAUUCGCAAUUCCAUUCCAGGAAAUCGCAUCGUGGUCAAAUUAUAUUGGGACAUAGCUCCGUUGGCCUGUGAAAAUUUCGCGACCCUCUGCUCCAAUGGUUCGUCGGUGACUGCAGSUCYGGGUCAAAAGUCGUCUAAACCAAAGCCUGUGCCGAUCGGAGAGUGUGGUAAGCCGCUGACUUACAGGGGCUGUAAGAUUCAUCGUGUUGUUCCUGGCUUYGUCCUCCAGGGGGGGGAUUUCGUUCUGGAAAACGGAUCCGGGGGCGAGUGUGUCUUUGGUAACAAAAAGACCUUCAAGGACGAGCGGGCCGGUCUUAAUCUGAAACAUAAUCGAUUCGGACUGUUGAGGUACGUAAGCAAAAUUUAGCGAUUUUGUUUUUCAUGCAUUUUGAGGAUGACACCAAACCGGAAUUCUGUUUGGUUUUUCCACGCCUUCAAUAAUUAAUGACAAUACAGUGAAUACUUUUCUGAAAACAUUGGAAUGCUCACUGCUAUUCAUUUCAACCCGUCACUUGUUGCUUUGUAAAACGUUUUGAUAAUGAUUCUAUGAACGAAAACAAUUGUUACUUAAUUGAAAAAGUAUGGGGAAUUCGGGAAAGAACAGCAACUCGUCGCAAUUCUUUUUCACCUUGGACAAGGCACCACAAUGCGAUGGCAAGCACGUGAUUUUCGGGGAAGUGGUAUCCGGUGGGCAAGUUCUAGAAAAGGCUGAGUCCUUCGGGUCUUCUGAUGGAACUCCUACCGCACCGAUCCGCAUAGCUGAUUGCGGCGUUUUUACACCACUGCAGACACCCGGGGCUGGGUAUUGGUACGAUAAACCGGAUYCGGAGUCAUGGAACGGAAUUUCUCCGACAUUUGUGGUCCGACCGAGGAUUGCGAUUGCAGCACCGGAAGCGGCUAGGAAAAAAUUCGAACAGGCCAUGAGUGGUCUCUGUUCCGUUGUCCUCUCUAUCUGUGUAGGUGCGGGGGGGGAGGCACCGGAAGCUGCUUCCAAGCUUCUCCUCGAGUCGCUUUCGUCUUUUUCUGUGGAUAUCGUCGUAAUCGCUCCGGUGUGUAAAGACGUCAAAUCAAAAAUGGGACAGCGUCUUCCUGUCUCUUGGGUGAAUAGCAACUUUUCGUUUGAAGAAGUUGUGAUUGUGUCAAAGCCACUGGACGUAAUAUCUUCGAUACAUACUAAAUCUUGGCUAUCGAGCCACCGAAAACAUUGGCAGCUUGAUGGUCGAUGAUGAUAUUGAGAGCAUAUAACAAACGACUGAUGGAGUUACGUCUCAUUUUCAGCUUGUGUGUAUUGCCUUUCUCAAUCCGUUAUGACCCAACGAAAUACUUUGAGAAACAGGGUGAAUACACAUCACUGAAAGUUCAAAAUGAUAGUCAUAGCUCCUGGAUUCGAUUCUUUCAUUUCAUAUCAGAAAUGUCAGGCUUGACAAAUCCCAAUCAUUAAUGGGCUGAUCUAAAGUAUUCUGAACAUACUAUCCUGGACAUCUUUCUCGCACUUGACGAUCCCAAACACCGGUAGAUUUGAUGUAAGAAAUAUUGUUAGUACUACAAUAUGAUGAACAGCGAAGUAAUCAUAGCAUCGUGUAAUACUGUACUAAAAAGAGGCGAAGCAUCGCCCAACCGCUAGAGACAUAGAUAUUUGUUUUCGACUCGAUAAGCACUUUAUUUUUCCAAUUUGUUUGCUGUUUUCAUUCUCGUUUGUAAUAAACUGAAGCUGGUUCU